CUAUGGCUCUCAUCGACUUAGAUAAUUUAGCUCUGCGUCUCGAACGAAAUUCUAUGAUUUCAAUACCAGAGUACAAAGUCAAGGAUGGAAAAUACGCGGUUUAUGUUAUCAAGAUAGCAAUCGAUUCCAUAAUAUGGACUGUAGAAAAACGAUACAGUGACUUUUUUACGUUUGAUCUAGAGCGAUUUGAGGAUCGUAAGAAGUCUUUUCUUCCACCGAAAAAAUUAAUCGGGAAUUUAGACCCAGAAUUUCUUGAUGAGAGAAGAAUCGAACUUGAAAAGUAUAUUCGUACGGUCAUUGAGCUUGAUCUGUGGUUGCAGAGGAAACGGAAGCAGCAUGCCCUCUCUUCUUUAGUUGCCCACUUCCUUGAUUUUCAAGAAUAUGAAGUCCAUGCAAUUGUUGAAGAUCUUUCUCUUAGACUUGGAAGUUAUGGUGAGGAUUGGUUGGCAUUAGCAGUGAUGAAACCAAAAUACUUUGAAUUCACUCCUAUUGAACUUUAUGCCAUUACUGAAAGAAUGAAAUUGGCGGAACCUACAGCAAACGGCAAGUCCAUACAUUCGUGUUAUAAGAUUUUUGACUUUUCCGGGGAUGGAAAAGUGGAUAUUGCAAAUUAUGUUGAAUUCCUACACAAGGUUCAGAAUCUAAAAGUUCGUGGUGGUCGUGGAUGCAUUGGGUCGUCAAAUAUUAUAGGGAAUACCUUAUCUUUCAGCCUUAGCUUAUGCAAGAAAAUCAAAGCACUCUGGGUUAGUAAUUUCGAUGUACGUAUGAUUCAUGAACUGUAUUCUGUGCGGAAAACAUGUAGACGAGUCAUCAUCCAUUAUUCAAUGAAAAAAAUCUCCGAUUUCUUCUUAGAACCUGGUGAAAUAUUGCCAAUUGAAAAUCAGGGCAAAUGGCAGUCUGUUGAUGAAAUUGAUUUUUCAUUUAAUGAAAUAGAAGAAGUUGAUGAAAGUAUCAGUUUGUUGUGUUCAGUGAGGAAAAUUAAUUUGUCUCAUAAUUUCCUUACUGGUAUUGGAAAUCAUCUUCAACAUCUUACAAUGUUAAAUGAGCUCAAUCUUUCAAAUAAUUCCAUUAAGAGUCUGGAUUCCUGGUAUACAAGAAUGGGCAAUGUAAAACGAUUGUAUCUCGCUGGCAAUAGAAUCUGUUCAUUAAAAGGAUUGCAGAAGUUAUAUUCGUUGGAGUAUUUAGAUAUAACUGAUAAUAAUAUAGCCACUGCUGAUGAUGUUCGACCAGUAUGUACUCUUCCCUGUUUAGAUCAUCUCAUUUUGAAGGGCAAUCCAGUUCAACAAGUCAUAGAAUAUAGAACAAAGGUUUUGGAACUUUUCGGAGAAAGAUUUGCUGAGAUGAGACUAGACAGCAGGAAACCGGAUCAGCGUGAAGUAGAUACGAUACUAGUUCGCUUGGCUCUGAGAAAAGCGCGUGAAGAAAAGGAAGAGCAGAUUCGAGGGAAAACAUUAUAAAU